CAAGCGACACGGCUUCUUAUUACACAUGGCACACGCUUCUGUAAAGUUUGUCAAGCUCCGAGCAAUUUAAUGGGUUCAAUUUUCGCAUUUCCCAAGAUGGGUAAAAGGUUCCGAGAAUGUUGAGCCCCAAAGCUUCAGAGCAUAAUUAAUACUAUUUAAAACUUCAAUUUUCUGAGCAGCUUAGCCCAUUGUUGCUUGAUGUACAAUUUAAGUUUCUCAAGAGUCUUGAUGUACAAUUUAAGUUUCUCACGAGUCAGGGUUUCCAUUGUAGUGUUUUGAACUUUAAAAUUCCACACACACUUUCAGUAAGAGACGGGUUUGGAGUGCUGGCCGGCCAGUGCAGUACUCACACUCUUUUAUUACAAAGCUAUACUAUAGUAAUACAGUUGAGGCUCCGUAGCUCAGUGCUUAGAGCACUGGUUUGGAAAACCAGGGGUUGUGGGUUCAUAUCCCACUGCGGCCUCCACUCCCUGAGAAGGUUUGUGUCAGGAAGGGCAUCCGGCGUAAGAAUUGUGCCAAACAUAUAUACAGUCGCUCACAUUUGAUGCACACAUUGCACUCGCAAAUCUAACCCACCCAGGUAAAAUUUAUGAGUAUAAAAAAUAGAUCUUGAAAGACGUUGCUUAUUUUGUGUACAAUUAAUACUAAUUAACGUGUUUAUUACAUAAACGUUUGUAACAGAACAAGCCAGAUUCUAAACAAUCAGUAUUCACCUGGAAACAGCAAAUGCAAGUUAACCGUACUGAGCGUGUAUGGAAACGAUGCCAAAAGCAUAUGUUCCGAGCUGCUUCAUGUACUGCGAGUGCAUUUAUGUCGAAAGUCAUCAACAUAAUGAGCCAUGUCAAAGGAAAUUCAGUUACAUCAGGGGUGCUCAAUGCGUCGAUCACAAGGCAGUUUUGGUUGAUCAUUUGGCGGCAGUCCACCCCAAAAAAAAAGACGUGAGACUAUCAUCCACCUCGUCGCUUGAUUCAUGUGUGGGCCAAUACGUCAAGCGCACGCACAUAAAGGCACGUUCUAGUAAGCCGGCCUCGUAUUUAUGGCAGUUGCGGCAAUGCGCACAUGCAACCCCACCACGCCGGUCGAUUGUGAAAGGCUGAGUUACAUUGAAAAGAUUUCUGGGAUAUAACACAGCUAGUAUUUCAGUAUCUAACUAUAAUAAGUAUGAGAUUGUGAUUUACUUUGACUUGAUCUAAGUUCUAAUGUUAGACUAGUCUGUCCAUAUAUCUAAAUGCGAACACUCAUUUUCCCCGAUAUUACCGCGUUAUCUGUCAUGAUCCUGCUGCACCUGACUGCCUGCCCGAUCCCCGACCAUUUAAUAAUUAGCGUUUUUCCCCGAACUACCUUGUAUCUUCCGUGUCCUCCUGCAUUUGGGUCCUACCUCCGUUCCUAUGGGUCCUGACAGAACGAUCUGGCCAAAACAGGACCCAGCAGGAAAGACCCGGCGUCUCCGGGACCGACGCAAGGUAGACCAUCUGCCGCAGGACCAAGCCUGUCCGAUCCGGGUAGGCUCUAUGACGUUCUCUGCUUCCGUGUCAUAUGCUCCACCGGCAAGCUACGAAUAUGACCCGACCACGACCCGUCCGGCACCGCAUAUUCUUCUGGACUCUGACUUUUCGGACUAUGAGGAGGACCUUGAUUUGUAUGACCGGCUGCCUGAGUACGACUCUGAUUAUUUCGAUUACGAAUCUCUUCGCCGAAUCUUCAAUCAAGCCAGUUUGUUUCACCUCCCCGCGUUUCCAGCAGGUAGGUCCGAGUACACCAACCCGUUUGUGGGAACCGCUUGGCCAUCUACCCGGGACCUCCGCGUGGCGGCCAGAGGAGACUCCCCAGCCGGGCGCUCCCUUGUGCCUCCCGCUGCGCGACAACUAAGACACCGUCCUCCCACUCCUCGCUGGCAAUGGUGAAACCGGCAGACGCGCAGCUGGUGGCAAAGCUUCCAGGCCAGAGGGAGGAGGAGCCGCCAAAUCACACGGAGAUAGAGCGGCAGAGCGCCGAAUUGGCGGCUUUCACGGCCCAGGUUCAGUAAAGAUUGAAGAACCAGCCGAGCUACGCUGACGUCGCGACUACUACUGACUCGCUGCUGACCCAGAUUCACGUUGCAGUGGGAACGGAUCCGUCACCUCACCAAGCGCACGUUGCAGUGGGAACGGGUCCACCACCUCGACACGCCCACGUUGCAGUUUUAACGGACUCAUUUCUGACUCAUGCUCGCGCGGCAGUUGGAACUGACCGGCUCCCGAGACACGCCCAUGUGUCAGUUUCGACUGACUCUCUGCCUACUCUCGUUCACGUCGCCGUGGAAACGGACCCGCCACCGUGCCACGCCCACGUUGCUGUUUCAACGAAUGCACUGGAAGCUCACGUGGCAGUGGAGACCGACCCGAUGCCGCCUCACGUUGCUGUCCAGGAGGUGGCGACGUCUCCGCAGCCACUACUCGUUCGUGUCCAGGAGUACCGGUGGCGCCCGGCCCGCGGCUGUUCCACGCUGCCGCUUCGUCGGCGACCGGUCUGCGGUCGCCCCCCGUUCCUGCUCCGACGGCGACGGGCACGCCCAUACGUUCCCGUCCAGGAGGUGGUGAUGGUGCCGCCGCCUUCUCAUGUUCCCGUCCAGGAGGAGGUGGCGAUGGCGAUGCCGCCACCUUUUCACGUUCCUGUCCAGGAGGACCGGCGGCGACCGGUUCGCGGCCUCCUUCUAACUUCCCUGUCUCGAUGGCGACAGGAACUGGGGAGUUCUGUUGAGCCACCCCGGAGCUGGAGAGACUUCGGGAUGGCUGUGAUGGUGAUGGUGGCGAUCCUGGCUCUGGUCCUUCUCUCCAUCAUCCUCUUCGCACCUGAUGGCUCCCAGCCGCUUCAUGACCUGGCCUCGUUGGUGACCAAUCCACGGCUGCCUCCUGACCAAGCCUCGGUGGCGACGAAUCCCUGGUCGUCUCGCAACCGGCGUGGGAGGUUCUCGUCCGGAGCAGUCGGUCUGGUUCCUGCUUCGCCGUUUGGUUCCUCACCGAGGAGGUGGCGAUGUCUCCACAGCCGCUUCUUGUCCGUGUCCAGGAGUACCACUGGCGACCGGUCCGCAGCCGCGCCACGCUCCUGCUUCGUCGGCGACCGGUCCGUGGUCAUCCCCCGUUCCUGCUCCAACGGCGACGGGGACGCCCAUACGUUCCCGGCCAGGAGGAGGUGGCGACGGUUCCUCAGCCGCCGCACGUUGGUGUCCAUGAGGAGGUGGCGAUGGCGCCACCGCCCUCUCACGUUCCCGUCCAGGUGGAGGUGGUGAUGCCGCCGCCGCCUUCUUACGUUCUCGUCCAGGAGGAAGUGGCGAUGGCGCCACCGCCUUCUCAUGUUCCCGUCCAGGAGGAGGUGGUGAUGGCGGCGCCGCCGCUGCCGCCUCACGUUGCUGUCCAGGAGGUGACGAUGGCGUUGCUGCCGCCGCCUCACGUUGCUUUCCAGGAGGAGGUGGUGAUGCCACCGUCGCCUCACGUUGCUGUCCAGGAGGUGGCGACGGUUCACCAGCCGCCUCACAUUCCUGUCCAGGAGGCCGUCCCACGACCCUGUCUCGACGGCGAUAAGAGCUGGGGAGUUUUGAUGAGCCACCCCAGAGCUGGAGGGUCCUCGGGAUGGCUGUGACGGUGAUGGUGGCGGUCAUGGCUUUGGUUCUUCUCUCCGCCGUCCUCCUUGCUCCGGAUAAUUCCCGACCGCUUCGUGACCGGACUUCGGCGGCAACUGAUCUCUGGCUGCCUCGUGACCGAGGCUCAGCGGCGACCGAUCUACGGCUGCCUCCUGACCAACCAUCGGUGGCGACCAAUCCCUGGUCAUCUCGCAACCACGGCGUGGGAGGUCCUUGUCCGGAGCAGUGGCCUGCCUUGGUCUGGUUCCUGCUUCACCGUUUGGUUCCUCACCGAGGUCAUCCACCCGAAUCGCCCCGUGGGCAUCCUGGUGCUUGGCGUCCGGGUCGUCCUCCUGACCUGUCCACCCGGACGCCUCACAUUUGGUGGCCUGGAUGGCCACCACACUGGGGUUGACUGGUGGACCACACCUGUGCAUUUUUCAAAUGUGACUGGUAAUACAUGCAGAAUGUGCCUCAGCAUUGUCUUGAUGAAAUAAGGAGGGAAGCUCUUGAAAAAGAUGUUGCUUGGAUGGCAUCAUAUGUUGUUCCAAAACCUGUAUGUACCUAAAAGCAUUAAUGGUGCUUUCACAGAUGGACAAGUUAUCCAUGCCAUAGUUACUAACACACCCUUAUGCCAUCAAGAUAUUGGCUCUUGAAUUUGACUGAAAACAUUCCGCAUGCUGUUUUUUCUCUUUGAUAUAAUGGCUUUACUUUUCUAACCAGUCAUGACACGCACCUGUUUGUAAUUAACCUAUUCACCUGUGGAAUGUUCAAAACGUGUUUUCUGAGGAGGCGUUCCUCAACUUUCUUCGUCUUUUGUUUCCCCUGUCUUAAUGUUUUGGGAACAUGUUACAGGCAUCAAACUCAAAAUGGGAGACUAUUUGGGUGCGAGAAUCAGUUUGAACAUUAAAUAUCUCAUUUCAUAGUGUUUCAUUUUAAUAGAGGUUGAAAGGUUUUGGCAAAUUUUCAGUUUUACGUCUCAACUUAAAGGAAUACUCCACUAAACAAUGAAAAACCUUAAAACGAUAGGUCAUGUCAUACUUACUGUACCUUGAAAAUUUUAGGUUAAUCCGAUAUCAUUUAAUGGUGUUUUGAGAAGAUUUUUAUUGGAAAUUACGAAUUUUCAUGGGCGGCGCCAUUUUGGCAAGUCACAUGACCUACUUGCCCGGAUGUGAUGUAUUCUCUGCGUAAACAAAAAAGUCAGGCCCAAUUUGUAGUCUAAACACAUGCAGUACCACGACCAUGGGACAUGUGAAAAUGCCCUACUCUACUGCGAAAGUUUGCCAUAAUUCGGAUUGAAAUAAUCCGAAGAAGGCUUGGUGGUAUAUUCUGCCUAGUAAGAAAAAGAAACAUUUGUAUGAAUGCUUUCGUAUAUUCCCCAUCUGUGAAUUUAUAUACACAGCAGAACCCUCCCUCGCCACAAAGGCUGUCCAUUCUUGUUAAAAACUUCAGUACUCUUAUUAUUUUUUUCUUUGAGCGACCUUUGUCAAAAGUUUCCAAAAUUAUAGUUCCACACAAUCGGCGUUUGACCGUUCUGCGCCUAUGGUUAGUAGUUAGCGAGUCAGACUCCGCAUCAUUCCCGUCCGAAAAUCCAUCCAAAUAUUCACCAGUAUUUACAGCCACAAGUUUAAAUCUGUAUGGACGUAUUCCUCCAUCUUCCCGAUCAACCAAUGCUGCUAUUUCUUCAGCAGAUGAGGAUAAACCCGAGAAAUCAGCGCUGUCCGUGAUUGUGUUUGCGCACAGGAGGCACAAAGGAGAUGUCACUUCCUGUUUUUUAAGUCAUGUGACUUGCCAAAAUGGCAGCGCCCAUGAAAAUGUGUCUUUGUCGAUAAAAAUCUUCUCAAAACACCAUUAAAUGAUAUCGGAUUAAGCCUUUUCAUUGUUCAGCAGAGUAUUCCUUUAAUUAGAAUAGGGGUUUGUACUUUUGUGAUCCACCCUUUACAAUGUUUUUUUUUUUCUCUUUCUGCA